AUCGACACUCCCUUUUCCCCAGUAGAGGGAGAAAGAUGGCGCCCACACACGUACUGAGAUGCUGUCAACGGGGCUUAGCCUGGAUACCUGUGAUUUUUAUCGCCCUAGUCGUCUGCUGGUCGUAUUAUGCUUAUGUGGUGGAGCUUUGUAUAUUCACCAUCCCCAGUAUAGGAGAGCAGAUUGUCUACCUGAUCUUCUUCCACCUCUCUUUCGUCAUGUUUGUAUGGUCUUACUGGAAGACCAUCUUCACCAAGCCUGCCAACCCUUCCAAAGAGUUUUGCCUGCCCAAGGCUGAGAAGGAGCGUUAUGAGAAGGAGGAAAGGCCAGAGUCCCAACAGGAGAUCCUGUGGCGAGCCGCCACCAGUCUGCCUCUGUACACCCGCACAGGCGCAGGAGCAAUCCGUUACUGUGACCGCUGUCAAGUUAUCAAACCAGACCGAUGUCAUCACUGCUCUGCAUGCGACAUGUGCGUGCUAAAGAUGGAUCACCAUUGUCCCUGGGUGAACAACUGUGUGGGAUUCUCCAACUACAAGUUUUUCAUCCUCUUCCUGGCCUACUCGCUGGUGUACUGUUUGUUCAUUGCAGCCACCGUGCUGCAGUAUUUCAUAAAGUUCUGGACAAAUGAGCUGCCAGACACUCACGCCAAAUUCCAUGUCUUGUUUCUUUUUUUUGUGGCGGCCAUGUUCUGCAUCAGUAUUCUGUCCCUCUUCAGCUACCACCUGUGGCUUGUGGGGAAGAACAGGUCCACUAUAGAGGCCUUCAGAGCACCGGUUUUUAGGACAGGCUCUGAUAAGAACGGCUUCUCUCUGGGUUUCCGGAAGAAUAUCGCUCAGGUCUUUGGAGACCAGAAGAAGUAUUGGCUGCUGCCUGUCUUCACCAGCCAGGGAGAUGGUGUGACGUUCCCUACACGGCUAGUCAAUGCUGAUGCAGAGCAAGCCACAGUGACGCUGCAUCCAGAGCCCGAUAAAAGCGCUGCCGAAGUCCCUGUGAGCCCACUCAGCGAGUCACAGAAUCGCCUCCUGAGCAACGACCAGCAUGCUAACAACAUCGAAGACCAUCUGGCCAAUAACACCCUCAAAUCAGCUGAAAGUGAAACCAUUACAAUCUCCAUGGAGAGUGAGUCCUAACCAGGAGAAACUCCUCAGUCAUCUAAUAUGAUGCCUUAAGCAACGCAGCAGUUUAGUUCAUCACCAUGGCAACAGUCUCCCAGUGCAUCACCAUCCCCACAGACCCAUUCAGAGUAACUAUGGAAAUGUGUUCCUUUUUGCCCAUCACAGCACAGUAAUGCAUUGGCAUUUUUCGCAUGCAGUGUCGUAAACAAAUCUCACACCUACUCCCCCAUAGGACAUGUGAUACAAGCUUGUUCCCCCUAACGUCAACACACAUGCAUUCAUGCUGUCACACAUUCAGAUAUAUACAUAUUUCCUCAUGUUGUUUAGUUUUCUUUUUCACACAACUGGAGCAUUUAUUGAUGAUGAGAAAAAAGAAUCCUGGAGGGAAUCAGAGCUACUUUUGGUGUUCUAAUGCCAAAAGCUUCCUGGGUGCACCAGGACUCCUUUUAUAGGCAUAAAACUGCAGUGAGGAGCGGGGGACAAGCUGGAGCAGUGUGUUUGUUUUGAACAUUAUUCUUUCGUGUUUUUCAAAAGGCAGUACAUCCUGUGGAGAUGGAUGGGUUUUACCCAUGUGACAGUUUGUUUUUGUCUUUUAUUUUUAACUCAAAAUGUUGGAGCGUAUCUAUGGUCCGCGCCUUUUGAGAUGGAUGUUUCCCCGCCAAAACCCAGAAAAUAUUACAGAGGACUCUAUUGCAUUGCUCAGUGGACUGACCAGUGCACUACAGGGAAGACUGUACCUGGGUUUUGGAUGGUGUUUUGGAUAUCACAGAGCACAAGAUGGCGCAUUUGCACUUUGUAGAUUAUCAAUGUCCAUCAAACAACGUGCUGCUUUUUUUUAUCAUGUCCAAAAAGCAUCCCAGGUUUAACAGAUGUUGGAUGAUCAUGUGAUUUAUGGCGUAUUGUGUGUAUGUGUGAAUGUGUGUGUAACAGUCAAAGUGGCAGUCUUUCUUUCUUUUUCUAAGAACCAACAGAAACUAAAAGAGUCAGCUUUAUGUGUUUUUGUGGCCAACUUGUGUUACGACAUGCUGCUUAUAUACGGACAGUUUGAUUUGGGAGAUGCAGUUCACACAGUGCAAUGUGCAGUGUCCUUCACUAUCUGUUUGUUUAGAGUCAGUUAAUUAUGUCAUGUGAUGAGCAGUGAUUCUUAGCCCAAAAUGUCUACAGCCUGUUUUUUCUACAACUCAGUGCUUCAACCUUUACUAAGACACCAACGCUCAUUGCCAAAUAAGGGCUGACCUGUCAGGAGCUCUGACCUCUGAACCUGAAGUGUUUACAACAUCCUAGCUUUAUCUUAACCUCACUGGCCAAUGUCAUCCUAACCAAAUUAUAUUUACCAGUCGUUGUGGCGCAAUAUUUUAUACAAGGUGUUAUCUGUCCCACCUGCCUGUAGUGGGUCAUGAUGUCCUUGCAAUACCAGUGCUGGCCGGCAGAUGGCGACAAGGCUCCUGUUAUCUGCCCUCAUUCAGAUGAAGAGUUUUCUGUACUUAUAUGUAUAAACAUCUGGCUCAGGGCUCAAUUCACUUUCAGUCUAAUUUGCAGGUGCAACUUUCUUCAGAAUCAAAUAUUUUCAUAUGUAAUUAAUCUUCAUUAUACUGUGUAAUAAGUCAUCCAGAUUUAAAUGAAACGAAAGUGAAUUGAACCCAACUGAUCUACUGUUAUAUAGAGGUGUCUAUAGCUUAUAACUAUAGCUUCUGCUCACCUUGUCUACUCUGUAUGUAAUUUGGAAUCAGCUCAGUGUUGUUACCUUGAACUGUUUAAAGGAGCCUUAGCUUGUGUAAAACUUAACAGUGAAUUGUCCUAUGUCAGUGUUGAACACCUGGGAUGUGACUCACAUCUGUAAAGGAAGUAUUUUUAAUGUUCCUGAGAAAUAAUUACACUGCAUUACCCAUGCAUAUCACACCAUGUGAGUGUCUGUCAAAGAAUGGACUAUUUGUCAGGACAACCAAAUAGCAGCUUUUUCAGGAAUGCGCGACAUCCUUUUCCAAGGAUUUUUUGUCAUUUAUAUGCAACUUUCCAAUUCACACAUUGGACGGAGACACAGCAAAUUCCUGAUGUCUGACAUUGCUCGCAUUUAUCUGAUCACAUCCCGGUGUCUUGCUGGAUGAACCUCCUACUAACUAGAUCCUAUCAGACUCUGGUGAUGUACAAGUUUACAGCUGUUUCUAUUGUGUAGAGUGAAUUAGUGGUGUUGUAUGGUGUAUUUCUAGGUAAUUGUUGUCACAGUUGUGCUGAAUGUACCACAGACGGGACAGUGAUGGUAUCUGGUCGAAUGAUGGAGCGUUGAGAGCAGUCCGCUCGUCUAACUUUAUGUUUACAUUUUAUCCUCCCAAUCAUGUUUGACCUUUUAAGCCCAAGUGUAUGUAGGAUUACUUUAUACAAACAAUAGAUUGGAGGAUAUUUGUUAAUGUAUGGAUCAUACUGUCAUGGUGGCUAAAUAUCAGAAUCACACUGUGGUUUGAUCUCAAAUUAGCAGAUGAAAUUACUGUCAGAGAUCAUGAUCCAAGCCAAGGUUAUGUUUUCAUUAUGUGUAGAUCUUUUGUAAACCCCACACCUCAACAUUUAGUUAAAGAAAAGACAAAAAAUAAUAAAAUUCAUUCAAGGAGCCUGGCUCAUUCCACUCAUCACUUAUGACCACUGAUUCUGAAACAUUGGACCUGUCAUCUUGUUGUUUUACAAAUUGCCUAUAUUCUAUCUCUGGGCUGUUUGGCCUUGAGACUAAAGUGCGCGUGUGUAUUUUGUAAUGCUUAAUUGAGUGUUCUUUUGUAAUAUUGUUGUCUUGGGAGAAAUGCUUCUGUGCAGUCAUGAGAUUUUUACAUGUCUGUGUACAUACAUAACUAUCUGACUAAUGCUCAAAAGCAUGGCGCCUAACAUCCGUAAAAAUGUGUUUUAACACGAUAACAGGGAUUAUGGUGACAAAACAGACUUUGGGGUUUUUUCAAUUAUAGCUAGGUGCGUCAUGUUUUAAAUUAGCUUUACUCUGGUCUGUCUCAACUUUAUAAAUGAAGCCAUAAAAACUCCUGUGAAAAUGGAGGAAGGAUCUGAAAAUUUCAGUCUAAUUUCAGAAACAUAUUACAUCUGUACUGAACACAGUGCAGAUGUAGCCUAUCAUAACUUGCUUAUUGCUACAUUUUGGUUUCUUUUUGUUACAAUGUCCUAUUUUACAAUGUGUGUAUAUAUAUUGAUAAUGUAAGAAAAAGACUACAUAUAUUUUUCUUGUCUGAUUAAUUUUACUGUUCCUAUUUUGUGAAUGAAGUACAUGCCUCUACACAAGUAACGUGAAAAUAACAAUAAAUGUUUUUUUUAAACCUCCAGUCUAA